UCGGUUUCGUCACCUUUUUUUCCCUCCCGUGACUACCCACCACGACAACCGAUCGUCGCCGCUCGCCGCUGCAGUCAUUCGGUCAAUUCUUAUUUCACAUCAUCUCUGGGAUCCGCGACACUUUUCGACUAUUUUUCUUUUUGUUUUGUUCUCGUUUAGAGCGGUGGCGACUAUAGUCUUCGCUUUCUGAUUUCUAAUACACCAGUGGUCCACACACAUAUCCUUCUACAACCGCGUGGAAGGCGCCGCUGUGCGCGACGUUAUCGAGUCUCACAUGAAUCCUCCAGCCGUUUCUCCUGCUCCUUCCUCGACGGUCUCUUCGGCAGCACCCUCUAUCGCAUCUACAGAUCGCAAUGAUGGGGAUCACCAGGUAACCCGGGCCCUAGAUGACAUGCGCCUCUCUGCGCCGUCAUCUGGCGAGGUUCUCCCGACGCCGCAGCAAGCCAAGACAGCAAAACCAUCAAUGGCCCAUCGCUUAACCCGAAUGUUUAGCGACAGAAAGACGGUCAAUCCCAGGGCAGAAACCGACGGUCACAAGGAUGCUGGCUCCGAGUCUAGUUCUGAUGGCGCAAAGCCCUCCGCUAAUGGCAUUGUCCGGACCGCGCCUCAAUCUUUGACUAACCAGACCUCAUUGCCUCCCGACAGACCUGCUGACGGUAUCGUGAAGCCAAAGAGUACGAAAGAGAAGGAUUUACCCGUCCACAGGCGUUUUGAGAUGUUGCCGGACGGAUCGCAUUUGCAUCACCUCAAGGGGACAAAGAGACAGGAAAAAUUAAGCGGUCUCCUUCGAGAUAUGUUGGGAGGCGGGAAGAAGAAAGAAGACCAUGUCGACGAUCAGCAGCAGUUAUCGUUGGUAUCGAGCUGGAUUGAUCAGUUAAAAAGCGAACGCGAGAAACUGGCACAGGAUAAAAAGGGCGGCCCCAACGCUACAGCGACUUUGGUCGAUAAAUACGGAAAAUGUCAGGAGAUUGUUGGUCGCGGUGCUUUCGGUAUAGUGCGAAUUUCGCACAAGGUGGACCCGAAUGAUUCCAAGAUGGAGCAGCUGUAUGCUGUCAAGGAAUUCAGACGCCGACCACAGGAAACAUCCAAGAAAUACCAAAAACGACUUACUUCAGAAUUCUGCAUCUCCUCGUCUCUGCGACACCCAAAUGUAAUACACACGCUGGAUCUUUUACAGGAUGCGAAAGGUGAUUACUGUGAAGUGAUGGAGUAUUGCGCUGGUGGUGAUUUGUAUACUUUGGUUUUGGCUGCAGGCAAGCUUGAGGUUGCCGAAGCAGAUUGUUUCUUCAAACAGCUGAUGCGCGGUGUUGAAUAUAUGCAUGAAAUGGGUGUUGCGCAUCGUGACUUGAAACCCGAAAACCUCCUCCUGACCACUCAUGGAGCUCUGAAGAUUACUGAUUUCGGCAACGGUGAAUGCUUCCGUAUGGCCUGGGAGACGCAGGCACACAUGACUGCCGGUCUCUGUGGAUCAGCUCCUUAUAUCGCGCCUGAAGAAUAUACAGACAAAGAAUUCGAUCCCCGGGCUGUCGACGUUUGGGCUACUGGAGUCAUUUAUAUGGCCAUGAGGACGGGCCGUCAUCUAUGGCGAGUUGCGCGCAAGGAUGAAGAUGAGUUUUACGAACGUUACCUUGAGGGUCGUCGGGAUGAAGAUGGCUAUGCGCCGAUUGAAACUUUGCAUCGGGCCCGGUGUCGCAACGUGAUUUAUUCGAUUCUUGACCCCAACCCUGGCCGGCGGAUAACUGCAUCCCAGGUGCUCAAGUCGGAAUGGGUCCGUGAGAUCAAGCUGUGCAAAGCAGGCGAAGAAGGCUACUGAUACCUCUUCAAUCUUUACCUUGACUCCGACGAAACCAAAAAAAAAAUUUUAUGGCAUUAUCACGACAGCAGUAACGACUCCAUUAGUAUCUUUUCCCUCUUCUCAUACCAUUUGACUCUAUUCUUUAGUGGGAGGCCAGUAUUUGUGAUAUAUCAGAGCGGUUUCCCCAGAACACUAGACUGGUGGUUCUUUUUUCUCUUACUUUUUUUAUUUCCAUGGCGGGAGAGUUGAACUUUUUUGAACCAUUUGUUUCCGAUUCUCGUGCCUGUAUUUUACUUUAGGCGUACCGAGCUUCAUUGAUCUUGCUUUUUCUUCUUCUUUUCGUCUCUUCUAUUCUAGUCCUUUGAUUAGGACCUCGUGCAUAGGCUCGGUUUCAUGACUGAUACGACUCUAUUAGCGAUGCGCAUGCGCUACAGAUGGAAACGACGUUUUCACUUCGUGUUUAUUUUAUUGCAUACAUAUUAUACUCCAUUUUCUUGCCUUUCCAACGACACACAGGUUUUAUACCGCGACCAUUCAUGACCUGACGUUGCAGCAUUUUGAAGCGAGUUUGUUUUUGUUACUGCAUAUAUAUAUAUAUAUAUUUAGGGGAUUGUCUGCUAUUUUGUACUUUUAUCGAUUGAAUGAAUAUCUGCCUGGAUAUA